AAUAAGGGAUAGUGACAGGAGUUGUCAUGGAUUUAAAGCGGUAUUACUGAUUUUCACUACUCCCGUUAUCACCUGUCCCGCACCGCUUUAUUAUUACUGCCUCACGCUCGGCGUUCACUGCGUUAUAGAUGGACGCAGUUUCUGGAAAUGAGGAGCGAGCUCGACCUCUGUUGUUAGUGGAGUAGCUGUAGUUAGACCUUGUUUUGGGGGUCAUGUUUGCUCCGGGACGCCUGCUGCUGCUGCUGGCUCUGCUGCUGCUGUUCUGGGGGGACAAACCUGCUCAGGUUGAAGGGGUCAGAUCAGUCACCCUCCCCGAGUCCCUCCUGUUCAUCUCCACCUUGGAUGGCAGUCUGCAUGCUGUCUCCAAACAGACAGGAGACAUCAAGUGGACCUUAAAAGAAGACCCCAUUAUCCAAGUGCCUGUUUACCUCUCAGAGCCAGGUUUUCUCCCAGACCCUAAUGAUGGCAGUUUGUACGUACUUGGUGGAAAACACAAGGAAGGGUUGAUGAAAUUGCCUUUUACCAUCCCAGAGCUAGUUCAGUCAGCUCCCUGCCGAAGCUCCGAUGGGAUACUCUAUACAGGGAAGAAGCAGGAUGUGUGGUUUGUAGUGGAUCCUGAAACAGGUGAAAAGCAAACAAGUCUAACCACCUCCUCCUCGGAGUCCAUCUGUCCCAACACACCCCUGCUCUACAUAGGACGCACAGAGUACAUGAUUACCAUGUUUGAUACUAAGACACAAGAACUGCGAUGGAAUGCCACGUACAACGAUUACUCUGCCCCUCCCUAUGAUGAGAAGCAAGACUAUAAAAUGGCCCAUCUGGUGUCCAGUGGGGAUGGACUUGUUGUGACUGUGGACAGAGAAUCAGGUGACGUCCUGUGGAGUCAGAACUAUGGUUCUCCUGUUGUGGGGGUGUACCUGUACUCGGGGGACUCGCUGAGACAUGCGCCUCACCUGUCCAUCGCCAUGGAAACGUUGCGGUUCCUCACCUUUUCCUCUGCCAAGGAACAGGCAGAAGCACACUCCACCUUGAAGUGGAGCUAUCAGUUUGUGAAAGAGCAAGCCACCGCUCAAACGCAGCUAGUACCCACUCUCUAUGUAGGGAAACUGGACUCCCACUUUUAUGCUUCAACUUCUCUUGUCCACCAUGGAGUCUCGUUGGUGCCUCGGGGACUGACGCUGGCCCGGAUCGAGGGUCCAGUGACAGCCGGAGUGACGGUCAGUGAGAGAGGGGAGUGUGAGAUCACUCCUUCCACUGAUGUGCGCUAUCCACCAGGCACCACAGACAGCAAGAGAAACCACUGGCUACUCAUAGGUCACCACGAGCUCCCUCCAGUCGCCCACACCACCAUGCUGAGGGACUUUCCCGUAACUCUGCAGCAUUCUGGUGAGACUGUCAUCCCCCCUCGAUCAUCUGCAUCUCCGGUUUCCUCUGCCUCCAACUACCAUCAGCGCUAUUUCCAGACAGUUGCCGAUCGCCACAGUGACACUAACGCUGACAACGAUGGGGCUGAUGGCAGGACGGCAGGACCGGUGAAGCAGCAGGCCGCUGUGCUGCCCAUCUAUAUGACUCAAGACCGUCUGACGCUGGCUGUACUCACACUUUUGCUGGGAGGAUGGCUUGCCUUCGUGCUCACUUAUCCCCUUCGUGCAGCCCAGCAGCUGAAAGCUCAAAGGCAGUUGGAGCAGGCUUUUGAAUCUCGCCUCCAGCACAUGCAGACUAAUUUGCAGACCAACGUUCAGACAAACAGUCAGGCAAGCACCUCUGUAUCUGCAGGCAGAACUCUGUCUACUGACACAAAUGGCAGCAGAGACUCUCCACGUGCAUCAAAUGAUGCUUCCCCGAGUCAUCACAGUCACUGCAGUAGCAUCUCUGAUUCCGAGAAAAAUGACACAACAAAUCGCGAAACCACGGCAGAAGGAAACAGUGAAGAAGUGAUGGUUGGAAAAAUUUCCUUUGCCGCCUCUGACGUGCUCGGACACGGCACAGCGGGAACCUUUGUCUUUAGGGGUAAAUUUGAUGGACGCCAUGUAGCAGUUAAGCGAAUCCUGCCCGAGUGUUUUGAGGUAGCUGAGCGGGAGGUGCAGCUUCUCCGGGAGUCUGACACACACCCGAACGUCAUCCGAUACUUCUGCACAGAGAGAGACCACCUCUUCACUUACAUUGCCAUCGAGCUGUGCGCUGCAACAUUGCAACAGUAUGUGGAAGACCCAUCCGCUUUUCCUGACCUGAGUCCUAUAACUCUGCUGGAACAGACCAUGUGUGGCCUCUCGCACCUCCAUUCGCUGAAUAUAGUCCAUCGUGACCUGAAGCCUCGAAACAUUCUCCUUUCUGGUCCGGGUGUCUUUGGUAAAAUCCGAGCUCUCAUCUCAGACUUUGGACUCUGUAAGAAGAUCCCAGACGGCAGGUGCAGCUUUUCUUUGCAGUCUGGAAUACCAGGAACUGAAGGCUGGAUAGCUCCUGAAGUGCUGCGAGAUACACCUGGAAAUAAACCAACGGCAGCAGUGGACGUGUUCUCAGCAGGCUGCGUGUUUUACUACGUGGUCAGCAGGGGGCAGCACCCUUUUGGUGAUGCACUCAGACGACAGGUCAACAUCCUGUUAGGAGAAUAUUCACUCUCACACUUUAUGGAGGAUAUACAUGAUGACGUGAUAGCUCGGGAUCUGAUUGAACAAAUGAUCAGCCCUGAAGCAGAAUCACGACCCUCCACUGAGUGUGUGCUUAAACAUCCGUUCUUCUGGAGCCCUGAGAAGCAGCUUCUCUUUUUUCAGGACGUGAGUGACCGCAUAGAGAAGGAGCCAGCAGACAGUCCAGUUGUGGUCAGAUUAGAAACAGCUGGUAGAGCAGUGGUCCGAACCAACUGGAGGAUGCACAUCUCUGUGCCUCUGCAGACAGAUUUGAGGCGGUUCAGGACAUAUAAAGGAAACUCCGUUCGAGAUCUGCUCAGAGCCAUGAGGAACAAGAAGCAUCACUACCACGAGCUGCCACCAGAGGUGCAAGAGACUCUCGGUGAGCUGCCCGAAGGCUUCGUCAGCUACUUCACCUCACGAUUUCCACGGUUACUGAUGCACACACAUGCUGCUCUGCACAUUUGUGCCCAUGAAAGGCUGUUUCAUUCCUACUAUCAGCCCCCCAAGGAUAAAUAACUUUGUCAUCACUCUGCACUCCGUGUUCCAUGUGCACAGAAACAGAACUGGUUGAAAGUAUCCAAUUAUUGCUUUUGUAAAGCCCAUCUUGUGUUUUUCUUGCCCCGAGGGGUCGGGUCAGGUGGGGUAGGGGUUUUGGGGGGGGACUGCAAUGCUGUGAAAAAGUUUUUAUAUGCCUUUGGUUGCUUUUAUUGUAUUUAUUCGGCUCUUUUUCACAGAAACUCUCUGGGCCUCUGUGAACAUUUAUUUUAUGGAAAUGGCACCUAAAGCAUUUCAAAUUUAAUUUCGAUUGCAUUACCAGUUUUUUAAAUACAGUUUGAAUCUGUGCCCGAAACAUAUAUUUAAAUUAUAUAUUUCAAAAAAUGAAGACCUCAUGUUUGGUUUAAAAAGAGUUUAAUUUGGAGGAACGUAUCUAAGAGAGUAAAAUGAACCUGAGAAGAAAUUGAAUAAAAUCUUUAAAUUUCUUGUGUUGUAAUGCAAGCUUUGUGACAGCACUGUACUUUUUUUUUCUUUCUUUUUUUUUUUUUUUUUUAAAUAACUGCACUGUAAAUUUCUAAGACACUGGAGAGUUGGUUUCAUCACCAAAAAAGAGUAAAUAGAAAGGUCAAUAAAGUGUAUGAUGAGCUUUACAGUGUUCCCAGGCUUUAUGUCAGAAAUUAAAAACCAUAUUGUCCUUUUAACGGUUUUACCGUGGUUCCUGUUGCGCCCCACUGCUGUGCCACUGACUCUUUUUUACUGUUUGUAAUUAGGUGUGCCAGCACAUACACUGUUGUUUGUUUAGAUAUUGACACUUUUAUUCAGAAAAGAUAGUGCACUUUGUAUCACAAUUAAAGAUUCAAUUAAAAUACAGGAAAUAAUCUUCUGAUAAUUUGAUUCCUGACCAUGUCAGUGGGAGAUAAUGUAAAAAUGUCAAAUUACAGACCUGUGUGGACAGUAGUAUAUUCUUUGUCCUUUGUGUUACGUUAAAUUGCAUCACCACUCCUGACUUUUGCGUGACAGUUGAAGGGCUUUGCCGCCAAAUAAAACACCAGAUAAAUGCUACAUACUUGCUGAAACAGCUGACUACAGGUUUGUUUGCAGUUUUGCAUAUGAUCAAUAUUAAAAACUCAAACUUUUAAUCUUGUUUUUUUUUUUAAUUUGUCAAUUAAAUUGAUGCUUUGGGUGUGCCAAAGAAUAAAGUCAAGACGCCUCAACAAGCCUUGUCUUCAUUUUAGAGUUGGUGACAGAAAAAAACUAUCUAAGAUGAGUCUGUUAUCUUGAACACAACAGUUGGUUUUACUUCACUCCUUAAUUGCUGUAAUAACCUGUCCUGCUUGGUUUUAGUCGUUAAAGAGUCUGAAGAUUAUAACUUACCACCAGGAUGGCCUUGAAUUAGUCUGAAGUGGAUUUGAUGUGCUUUUAUUUGUUAUUUUUCUAACGUCGUCAACAUAUUCUUUUCAAUUGUUCAGCUGAAAAAAUGUUCCAAUACAGCGCAGGGUGUUCUUAUAAAAGGUUGAGCUUGAUGAGACUUAAAGUAAGAUAUGUUUAAAGUAAAUAGGAUUUACUCGGGUGAUUUUAA